GACGGGACCGACUGCGUGUGAGAGCGAGCCUCCCCCAGCUCCAAUUCAGGGAGAAAACGGCCACCGGAACCGCAGUACACAGUACUGUAUAGGAACUGAUAUAGACCGUGUCCCGGGAGUCCAGUGUGGAGUAGUUUUCGGGUACCAGAGGUGUGGAGGACGGGUCGGCGGACUCAGAAUUACCAAAAAAAAAAAAACAAAAAAACAAACAAAAAAAACAGCAAAAACUCGGUAACUAACACGGAGGCACAAGCCAACAGGACACAUCUGUCCUGCCAGUGUCCCAUCUGCCAUCCUCCAUCUUCAAGAACAUGAAUCAAUGCAGAUGUCAGCCACACUCAGUUAAAUGUUAGUGCUACUUGAGCAGAUAUCGCUCGGCUGGCCGAAGAGGAAAAAGAGGAAAGAGACUGUUCAGGGUGCUGGAAGAUGUCCCUCUGGAUGAUACUGCCUGUUAGCCUCCCAGCUCUCACCAUCACGGGGAUAUGGGUUGUGUACGCCAUGGCCCUGUACAACCAGCAUGUUUGCCCUGUGGAUAACUGGUUGUACAACCAGUCAUGUGAAGAAGAGCUGUAUUUGCAGAGCGGGCCAACCUUGUGCUGCACGCUAGACAAUGUACCUCUCAUCAGUAAAUGUGGGACUCUUCCCCCUGAGAGCUGCUUCUUCAGCCUUAUCUGCAGCACAGGAUCAUUCAUGGUUAUGGUGAUUGUGCUGCUCCGAUAUGCCCACGUAAUUGAGAAGCACAAAAAUUGCGUUCUCAACACGGCGAGUCUCUCCACAGGCUGGAUCUGUGCUGCUGGGCUCAUCAUGGUGGGCAACUUCCAGGUGGAUAAUGCCAAAGUUCUCCACUAUGUCGGAGCAGGCAUUGCCUUCCCUACGAGUAUGCUGUUUGUGUGCCUGCAGUCAGCGCUGACUUACCGACUGGCCAAGACCCAGGGGGAGUACAACGUGGCCCACCUCCGGCUCUGCAUGACCCUGCUGGCCUUUGUAGCCUUGGUGCUCAGUGGUGUGUUUUUCUGUCAGGAGAGCUUCGUCCUGCAACACGCAUCGGCCAUCUUCGAAUGGGUGUUCUGCGUCAUCAUCAUGCUGUUUUACGGGACAUUUGCCUUCGAGUUUGCCAGCAUGUCAGGAGAUACAAUGGUGGUGCUGGCUAGAGGAGGGGCUCUGGGACCUGCUGGGAGAGAACACAAGGUGGAUGCAUUGGGAGCACACCCGCAACCACAUCCGCACCAACCUGAAAACAUGUCCAUACUGUAGCCCACUGGCACAUCUUGAUGCCACACAGUUGGCCUCUUAAUUCCUUUCAAACUCUGGUUGUAGAAUGAGUUUAAUUAUUCAUUUCCAGCCACACUCGCCUGAAGCUUUGAAAUGAACCAGGCCAGUGCAGCAGCCGUUCUUGGCAGAGUGGAUUCUACUGUUUCAGCCACAGGGCCGUAGAUCUGUUACCACAGUGGAGAGCUCAACUUGUAUUGAGCUUUGUGUCUCUAAAGAACUUGUUUGCAUUUUGCACAUUGCACAAGUGUGAAACCAAAUUUUCUCCCAACUCAGUCCUGUCCUCAGUGACCAGCAGUGGACAGAGUAUUUUGUUAAUCAGAUCAAGAAAAUGUGCUGUUCCCGCUGAGAUCCUGUAACCUGUCUCAGUAAGUGGCCUUGGACCAUUUCCACUUCAGGUGACUGCCGUGAUGCUUUCAUUGUCAAGGAGUGAAGGCUGCUGGACGGCCUGGCUGACAGUAUUACAGUAGUUAUAGAGAGACAAGAUCGUGUAUGAGUGUUACAGUGGAAGGUCAGACUUGAGGCUUGUUUUCUCACAAGAGAGUGGAUGAAUGCAAUAAAUUCAAAGAAACAGUCAAAUAGAGUAUAUAAAUGUUUCAGUCAGUACUUAAGGUAGAACAGGGCAGGAGUCUCCAUUUUGCAAUCAUUUAAACCUGAAUUAAGCAAUAUUUUUGAUAUUAACAAAUCAAAUAAUUUUAAUGUCUAAGAGUCAUUCAUAGACUUAACACCCCACUCUACAUAGAUUUUUGCUACUUUUAGCUGACAUUAUUUGGCAAGCAGAAGACCCAGAUAUUUUUCUCAGAAGCUGGUUAACCAAGGCUAAAAGGAAAUUGAAUAUUCGACUCAUUUUUAUUUCAGGCGGCCAAUUAGGAUAAUAAUGUUGUUCUGUGUCUGCUGGAUUUAUAAGUAGUUACAGAAGUUAACCGUAAACACUUUUGCCAAAUUGUUUUGUGAUCAAAAAUUGCUUAACGCAGCUUUAAAAUACACACCAACUUUAUGUUUGAUUAGCAAUUCCACAUAUGCAAGCAUAACACUGUUAACGUACCACUAAAGUAUCCGCGGCACCCACAUCCAGCAAACAUUGUCUUUUUGUGUCUGGAUGCUUUGGGUGAUCUGCCAUGUCAUUAUUUUAAAAGCACACAGAACAUACAAUAAAUCUGGUGCCUCAUAAAUUCAAACCUUUAUGACCAAGUUUUAUUGUUAGGAUCAAUACCCUAUAUCAACCUUAAACCUCAAAUAGUAUUUGAUUCAGCUUCGUCUCUGUAGAGUUCUGCCAAAGAAUAUGAAAGAGAGAUGACAAAGUGUCAAGAGGCCAAACGUGUACCAGCUAAUUCAAGCCAGAGCACUGGGUUUAUUGAGUUUAGUGACGAGGCAUCACACAUGUUUUCAGGUCUCAGUCUCAUUAUUCCCCAACAAGGAGGGACUCAACAUGGUCUUAUUGCUUUACCUUCUUACUUUUUUUAAUUUGAAUUCUCAGAACUCUCCAUAGUUGGAGUUUCUACUGCAUGUCCACCUGGUGUAGCGGGACAAAGGGAAAGGGAAGGAUUUGUAAUGUCAGACAUAACUGAGAUGAACUGUCCUGCCUCUGUGUUAGUGUACAGCAGUACGUGCCAAAUAUCAGUCUGCCUAUGGCAUUGGUGCUAAAACACAUAAGGCCUUAACCUGUCUUUUCCCCCUGAGUUUAGCUAUGAGUAUGAUAAAUGACAGCAAUAAGAUGGAGACAUAGGGUUUGUGGAGGAGCGGGGUCUUAAGGAUUGCAUGAAUGCCUGUGAGUGCCAGGAAAACCAAAGCAGAUGUUUGGCACCACAGAUUCAUUGACAUUGAAAAAUGCUCCCUGCUAAAACCUAAACUGACUUGAUAUCUUGGUAUCUGUAGCUUGGCCUCAUGGCUUAGGGGGAGUUGUGAGGAGUUCCAGGUAAAUAUCCUCUGUUGAGAGGUCACAUGAGUCGUUAACCCUUCCGGUCAUCAUGUGAGUCGUUAGGAUCGCAUGGGUCAAGGUGUAGAUGGGUGCUAACACCUUGAGGGUUGUUAGGGUAACAGGUGAAUCAUUGACGUGUUUCCUUAAUAUGUUUAUGUUUAUGUUAGGUAUCCACAUACCUAAACCAGUGGUUCGGGGCUGUGGCUGGUUUAGGUAUGCGGAUGACACCUGGGUAAAAAUAAGAACCCAUGAAACUGAAUCCUUCACUGAACACAUCAAUGCAGUGGACAGCAACAUCAAGUUCACUCCUGAGGAUGUCAGUGGAAAUAGCCUAGCCUUCUUGGAUUGUGCGGUGCACAUUGAGAAUGACAGAAACCUCAACAUUGAAGUAUGCCGGAAACCCACACACAGAUCAAUACCUUCUGUUUGACUCUCACCACCCAAUGGAGCGCAAACUGGGGGUCAUCAGAAACCUGCACCAUUGGGCUCAGAAUGUUCCCACGAGGUCAGAGGUGAAAGAGAAGGAACAUAAACACAUAAAGUAAGCACUUAGAACUUGCGGUUAUCCCAAAUGGGCCUUUGUCAAAACCGCAAAAAGAGGCAGAACAGACAUUGCUGGAUUAUCCAAAAAACUCAGGAGGCUCUUCCACAAACAUAACAUCCCUGUGCAUUUCAAGCCCAGUAACACUCUGAGGCAAAAACCUGUCCACCCAAAGGACAAAGUUCCCAGGCACAAGCAGAACAAUGUAGUUUACACAGUCCAAUGCAGCGAGGAGUGCAGAGACCUGUACAUUGGGGAAACUAAACAACCGCUAUGUAAUAGCAUAGCACAACACAGGAGAGCCAGUUCCUCAGGUCA